GAGGGAUGCGCCCUGCCUCCAGCGGGUGGCGCUCGAGUCCGACUGAACGACGGCGGCGAGUGGCGGGCACGCGCCUGGGGCGCGCGCGCCACUCCUCUCGCCUCCACCCAACUCCCCCAUUAGUGCCCGAGUUUACCUCUAGAGGUCAUCAGGCAGGAUUUACGACUGGACAACAAAAGCACGUGAUUCGAAGUCGUACCCCAUAUUUGGGUGCCUACGUAGGAGGGAACCAAGUACAUGUCCCAGUCAUUUCCAUAAUUCAUCAUAAAUUGUGCAAGGGUGCUAUAGACGCACAAACGACCGCGAGCCACAAAUCAAGCACACAUAUCAAAAAACAAAUGAGCUCUUAUUUUGUAAACUCAUUUUGCGGUCGCUAUCCAAAUGGCCCGGACUACCAGUUGCAUAAUUAUGGAGAUCAUAGUUCCGUGAGCGAGCAAUUCAGGGACUCGGCGAGCAUGCACUCCGGCAGGUACGGCUACGGCUACAAUGGCAUGGAUCUCAGCGUCGGCCGCUCGGGCUCCGGCCACUUUGGCUCCGGGGAGCGCGCCCGCAGCUAUGCGGCCAGCGCCAGCGCGGCGCCCGCCGAGCCCAGGUACAGCCAGCCUGCCACGUCCACGCACUCGCCUCCGCCCGACCCGCUGCCCUGCUCCGCCGUGGCCCCCUCGCCCGGCAGCGACAGCCACCACGGCGGGAAAAACUCCCUGGGCAACUCCAGCGGCGCCUCGGCCAACGCCGGCAGCACCCACAUCAGCAGCAGAGAGGGGGUUGGCACGGCGUCCGGAGCCGAGGAGGACGCCCCCGCCAGCAGCGAGCAGGCGAGCGCUCAGAGCGAGCCGAGCCCGGCGCCGCCCGCCCAACCCCAGAUCUACCCCUGGAUGCGCAAGCUGCACAUAAGUCAUGACAACAUAGGCGGCCCGGAAGGCAAAAGGGCCCGAACGGCCUACACGCGCUACCAGACCCUGGAGCUGGAGAAGGAGUUCCACUUCAACCGCUACCUGACCCGCCGAAGAAGGAUUGAAAUAGCACAUGCUCUUUGCCUCUCCGAGAGACAAAUUAAAAUCUGGUUCCAAAACCGGAGAAUGAAGUGGAAAAAAGAUAAUAAGCUGAAAAGCAUGAGCAUGGCGGCGGCGGGAGGGGCCUUCCGCCCCUGAGUAUUUGAGCGUUUAAAGUACUGAGCAGUAUUAGCCGGAUCCCGAGUAGUGUCAGUACUAAGGUGACUUUCUGAAACUCCCUUGUGUUCCUUCUGUGAAGAAGCCCUGUUCUCGUUGCCCUAAUUCAUCUUUUAAUCAUGAGCCUGUUUAUUGCCAUUAUAGCGCCUGUAUAAGUAGAUCUGCUUUCUCUUCAUUUCUUUGUCCUGAAUGGCUUUGUCUUGAAAAAAAAUAGAUGUUUUAACUUAUUUAUAUGAAGCAAGCUGUGUUACUUGAAGUAACUAUAACAAAAAAAGAAGAGAAAAAAACACAAAAAAGUCCCCCUUCGACCUCGUUUAGUGCCAAUGUUGUGUGUUGCACUCCAGUUGUUUAACUGUGCAUGUGAGUGGAAGUGUUCCUGUCUCAAUAGCUCCAAGCUGUUAAAGAUAUUUUUAUUCAAACUACCUAUAUUCCUUGUGUAAUUAAUGCUGUUGUAGAGGUGACUUGAUGAGACACAACUUAACUUGUUCGACGUGUAGUGACUAGUGACUCUGUGAUGAAAACUGUGACUGAGCGGUGUGUCCCUGCGUGCCUUUGUAGGACCCUUUGCACGAACUCUGGAAGUGGCUCUUAUAAGCGCAGCUUCAGUGAUGUAUGUUUUUGUGAACAAAGUUACAAAUAUUGUCCAAGUCUGGCUGUUUAAGCAAACUGUGAUCAGCUUUUUUUUUUGUAUUUGUUUUUAAGGAAAAAAUACUGACUGGAAACAAAAAAUAAACUUUCUAUUGUAAGUUC